AUGGAGAGGAUGCAAGCUUCUACAUAUGCAGAGGGGAAGACACAAUUCAUCUGCAUUGGAGAUGGAAAGAGCGAUUACUGCCCAAUUCUGAAGCUUGGCGAAGGAGACAGAGUAAUGCCAAGGAAGCACUUCUCACUCUGGGAGCUGAUUUGCAGUAACCCCUUGCUUAUCAAGCUAGAGGUCCAUGAAUGGAUUGAUGAAGAGGAUCUUGAAAGGGUUCUGCUGCACUUGAUCAACAUGUUCACCAGAGAGGAAAGCAGCAAAACUAACUCGGUACAGUUGAUUCCAGGUGAUUGCAAGCUUGAGACCAUACCGAUCUCUACCCAUGAAGCCUUCCACAAAUCUCUCCAAAUUCCUCUCUAG